CGUCAGGCUGUCCGUCCUCCGACAGUGUCAUCAGUGCCGGCAGUAAACAUGGAGGAGACACCGGGGAUCAGUGAAGCCGACACAGCAACCCAGGACUUUCUGUUGCAGCAGACCAUGCUCCGGAUCAAAGAUCCCCAGAAAUCGCUGACAUUUUACAAUAAGUGCCUUGGAAUGAUUCUCCUCCUGAAACUCGAUUUCCCCUCUAUGAAAUUCUCGCAGUAUGUCCUGGGUUACGAGGAUGGGAAGGACAUCCCAGAAGACGUGAAGGACAGGGAGGCCUGGGCCUUUUCCUGCAAAGCCACGGUGGUGCUGACACACAACUGGGGCAGUGAGAACGAUGAGAAACCAUUCCAUAACGGCAACUCCGAGCCCCUGGGCUUUGGUCACAUCGGCAUCAGUGUCCCCGAUAUCUACGCUGCUUGCGAGAGGUUUGAGCAACUUGGAGUGAAGAUUGUGAAGAAACCCAAUGACGGGAAGAUCAAGGGUCUGGCAUUUAUUGAAGAUCCUGACGGUUACUGGAUCGAGAUCUUCUCUCCUGACAACAUGGCGUCCAUCAUGACGUGCUCACAGUGACACGUGUCCUCUGCUUCAGAAGGAUUUGGAAU